AUAGAGCGCAGCAGCCUUUAUGCUUCUUUCGGGUUUUUAAAACGAAUAGCUUACAAGAUGCCUUUGUUAAUGACUGUCAAGAAAAAACAUGGAAUAGAAUCACAAUUGAAUUAAUUUGUUGGAUUUGACGCGUUAUAAGGCGCGACAUAAGAGACAGUAAAAGUGCGCUGUUGGUUUUUUUUGGCGCAAAACAAAUACAGGAACUCAGAGACAACCAGCGAUCGUAAAGUAAGUUAAUAAAAAUGAGAUGGAGAAUCCAAAGUUCAGCCCUUCCAGCUCAUCAAGUGCUGAUAAUACAACAGUUCAGCAAGUCAAAACCAAGCAACAAGGAGAGAUGUCUGACAAGGGGGUCCAGGUGGAUCAGCCAGACUCAAGUCCCAGCUCAGACACUCGGCCAAACAAAAAAAGGUCAUCCUUGGUCAGUCAAAUCUCAUUAAGGAGUGACAGCUCAAGAAUUCAACCAUUUAAUUUAAGUCCGUUCCCUGUUAGCAAACGGGUCCGGAGGGAUCAGCCAGACUCCAGUCCCAGCCCAGACACUCGGCCAAACAGAAAGAGGUCAUCCUCGGUCAGUCAAAUCUCAUUAAGGAGUGACAGCUCAAGGAUUCAACCAUUUAAUUUCAGGCCGUUCCCUGUUAGCAAACGUGAAGCGACGACAGACAGGCUGUUUGAGGAGAUUCUGAAGUGCUCUGUUUGUGCUGAUUAUCUAAAAGAUCCAGUCUCUACAUCUUGUGGACAUACUUAUUGCAGACCUUGCAUCAGCACAUACCAGGCCAAAUCAGAAUACGGAGAAAACUCAUGUCCAAAGUGUGGAAAAACAUCCGGGUCUUGUUCUGUCCUGCACCCAAACCGAAUGUUAGCAGAGUUACUAGAGAAGCUCAAGGUAACACACUCUGCUGGGAUAACAGAGUCUGGCGAGAUGGAACUAAGACUCUGUCCAAAGCAUCACGAAGCUCUGGCUAUGUUCUGUAUCACUGAUGAGACAGCCAUUUGUAAAGAGUGUGCAGUGCUGGAUCACAGAGACCAUGAAAAACAGUACAUCAAGAUCCUGACUGUACCGGACACUCUGACCACUCUGCAGAACCUGCUCAGUAACAUGACUGCCACAGAGUUUAGAGAAUUCAAAAUACAUUUAAGUAGUGAAUACCCAGAGUGCUUCGACACUUUGCAGGAUGAUUGCAGUGCUCAACAACUUGCUAAAAGAAUGAUGGGGAGUUUCUCUAAAGAUGAUGUUCUAAAAGUCACCUUUCAGUUGGCAUCAGUCAAACCAAUGUUCAGAGGUCAAGAAAAAAUCAAGAAAAAGCUGAGACAGAGGUUUCGACACAUUCACGAAGGACUUGGUGUACCAAAGACACAAGCGGUGUUGCACGAUAUUUACACAGAGCUCUACAUCACUGAGGGAGGAAGUGAUACAAACGAAAAUGAACACGAAAUCAGACUAAUUGAAAAGAUCGACAAGAAUUUUAGCACGCAAGAAACUCCUGUCAGUGUAACAGACAUUUUUAAGUCACCGUCUGAACCGAGAGAGUUCAAAACUGUUUUAACCAAGGGUGUUGCUGGCAUCGGAAAAACAGUGUCUGUUCAAAAGUUCAUCCUGGACUGGGCAGAAAACAAGGAAAAUCAACACAUUGACCUCAUACUGCCUCUAUUUUUCCGAGAUCUGAACCUUGAGAGGCAAGACUGCAGUUUAAAAGAGCUCCUGCAGAGGUAUUUUCCUGAGCUCAAAGAUAUGGAAAGCCUUGAGAAUGGCAUUAAGAUUUUGAUCAUAUUAGACGGUCUGGAUGAAUGUCGACUUCCCUUAGACUUUCAACAAGCUAAGAAGUGCUGCGAUAUAACCGAGACCACAUCCAUAGACGUGAUCGUGGCAAACCUAAUAAAUGGAAAUCUACUGCAGAAUGCCUUCCUCUGGAUUACCUCUCGCCCAGCAGCAACCAAUCAGAUCCCAUCUGAGUAUAUUCAACGGGUGACUGAAGUUCGAGGGUUCAAAAACGAUAAAAAGGAAGAAUACUUCAAGAGAAAAUAUACAAACUUGGAUUUGGCUGACACCAUCAUUAAACAUGUAAAAUCGUCUCGAAGCUUGCACACAAUGUGCCACAUACCAAUAUUUUGCUGGAUUAUGGCCACUGUACUUGAAGUGUUGUUAAAAGAGGAAGAUUUGGGUGAAAUUCCAAAAAAUCUAACUCAGUUGUACACGCAUUUUCUGCUCAUACAGAUUGGUUUGAAAAACAGAAAGUAUCAAAAAGCCAUAAAUGAAGAUCUGCGAAAACUGUCUAAAAGUGACAAAGAAAUGAUCUUACGUUUAGCUAAAUUAGCUUUUCAAGGGGUGGAAAAAAAUCAUAUAAUAUUCUACGAAGAUGACCUGAAGGAGUGUGGUAUUGACAUUGAUGACGCUGUCGAGUUCUCCUCUCUGUGCACGCAGCUCUUUAGAGAGGAGUUCGGUCUGUACACAAAGAAAGUUUUCUGCUUUUUACACCUGAGUGUUCAGGAGCAUUUGGCAGCAGUUCAUGUUCUGUGCACAUAUUUAAAUGAAGGAAUUAAUGUUCUUGCUUCACAUGCCGGCAAAAGCACAGCACAAGCCAAACCAACAGCGUUGAUGGAUGUACUCAAGAGUGCAGUUAAUAAGGCCUUAAAAAGCAAGAAUGGACACUUUGACCAGUUUCUUCGCUUUCUUCUGGGCCUUUCUACCAAGUGCAAUCAAAAACUCCUGCGAGGGAUUCUGCCUCAUUCAGGAACAGAGCUCCAUAAUAACCAGGAAAUUGUAGAAUUCAUUAAAGUUAAGAUCGGUGAGAAAAACAGAUCGGAGUCAGAGACCAUCAACCUUUUCCACUGCUUGAAUGAAAUUGAUCACAACGAUUUAGUGAAUGAUAUUCAGGAGAGUCUGCAGUCUGGAACCCUCGCUGAGAAAGAACUAAAUCCUGAGCAGUGUUCCGCCCUGGCCUUUGUGUUACUGAUUUCAGAAGACAUACUGAAUGUCUUUGACCUGAGGAAAUACAAGACCAAAGAAUCAAGUCGUCAGAGACUGCUGCCUGUCAUCAGAGCAUCGAAGAAAGCAAUACUCUCAGAUUGUAAACUCUCAGCAAAUGCAUGUGAAACCGUUGCCUCUGCACUUCGUACAGCAAAUUCCCCAGUAACAGAGCUGGACCUGAGUCACAACAACAUAGAAGAUUCAGGAGUGAGGCAUCUCUGCAAAGGGCUACAAAGCCCACACUGUCAACUUCAGAUACUGAGUCUUGCAGCCUGCAAAAUUACAACCAAGUCUUGUGGAAAUCUGGCUUCUGCACUUAAAAGCAUAGACUCCAGUCUUCAAGAGCUUGACCUCUCCGUCAACAACCUGACUGAUUCGGGGGUGAACAUGCUUGAACCAUGGCUCAAAAGUGACCAGUGUAAAGUGCAAAAACUGAGGCUAAGACAAUGCAGCCUUACAGAGAAUUACUGCAGGAGCCUUGCAGAAGAAUUGACAACAUCUAUUAAACAAAUGGAUUUAGAUUUGAAAGAAAAUGAUCUGAAGGAUUAGCAAGGAUCAACUCUGUUUUAUCUUUGCAACUUACCAUGUAUAUUUACCACCUAAGCAGUAUUAUUUUUCUUAUUUUCACUUUUACACAUUUUUGUAUGAAGCUAAAAAUCUAAUAAAAUAGAAAUUAAAAUA